UUUAUUAUAAUACUUCUUCAUGGACACCGCCUAUCUUCCUUGGAAUAUUUUUAGUUGAUAACGCUUUAUCGCUUAUCACUUAACGAAAAUUAAAUUCAAGACGAAUGACCGGAAUAUUAUUGUUACCGUCAAAGUAUAAUUUAGAUUUAAUUUCGAUAAAUACACUUCGAUUGUAAUAACAAUUUUUCAAUAGGUACAUUUUUAUUAUUUACUCUUCUAAUUAUAAUGUAAACUGUAUUAUACUUACUGUACCAAUAUUUUGUUGAGGUUUAAGUUUUUAAAAUUAAUGUGAUAAAAUAUUACAAUCAUGAGCUCGGGGUUUGUUACCGAAACAGAAUUGGCAGAGCGGCGGAGAAUUCGACAAGAAGAAUGGGAUAAAGUCAGAACUGCAGAACAACCUUUGGGUAAUAUAAAGCUUUUGGUUUGCAGCUUCUUAUUGUUGCAUUUAACAUAUUUUUUUAUCAAUCAUUUACAGAGGUGCCUGAGGAACAAUAUGACCAUCGUUCGUUGUUCGAUAGACUCGAAGAACAGCGUAGAAAGAAAGAGUACGAAUAUGAAGAAACUCAUAAACUCAGUAAAUAUUUUACACAACAAUUAUUUUGGUACUUAUUUAGUAAAAACAAACAAAUUAUACACAUGUCACAUAUCACUUUCAAAAUCUAAUGUGUAUUAUAUAAAAUUAUAAUAUUUUUGUUCGUUAGAAAACAUGAUAAGAGGUUUGGAUGAUGAUGAAGUAGACUUUCUCGAAUUAGUUGACAGAAAAAAAAUGGCCGAAGAACGACGGCAAAUAGUAGAGGAGGCCAGGCAAAUUGAAGAGUUCCGUUCAAAAGUAUCAACUCUGCAAUGUGAAACUGCAGUUAUUCCAUUGGUGGCUACAAUCUCUAAACCAUCAACUGUGACAAGUAGUACCGUGUAAGUACUUACCAUAAUACAAAUUUAAUGAUAUAUAAAAUAUUUAAAUUGUUUUAUUUUAUAACUUUCUAUUGUAUUAGAACAAGAAAAACACAAAGUAAAUUAUUGGCUGGUGCUGUUGUAAAAAAAAGAAGUUUGGAUGAAAAUACAAAUAAUGCUUUAAAAAAACAAAAAAAAGAAAAUGGCGAACCUAAAGAGUCAACAGAAAUAUCAGCAGGUUUGAUAAUAUUAUGUUCAUGAUAUAUAAAUAAUUUAUUUGUAUUAAACUAAGUUAAGUAGGACUAUUAUAUUUAAAUUUAUUUUGUUGAUUGGUAUUACCUACUUAGCAAACUGAUAAAAAUUAUUUUUAUAAAUCACCUCAGGAGAGCAUGCUACAGGUUAAGUAAAUCUGGAUCUUUGAGCUCCUACUGGUGGUAAAUUCUAGUAGGCAUAUGAUAUUAUUCACUAUAAGGUGGAGGAAUUUUUAUAGUUGACAAUACCAUUCUCCUUAUGCUAGGGGGUUCAUAAUACUCUCACGGUACCUCUAUUUUUCGUAAAAGUCGAUAAAUAGGUUUGCAUCAGAUCAACAGUUAGUGAAAAAUUCUGUCAAACAAUAUGAGGAGCUCUAAAUAAGACUAAUGUGCACAGGGACAACAUGGGAGAGGGGCUAUUAUGAUGCAUGAUGUUAGCAGAUGGUGUGAACAGCCAGUAUACGCAAUACAGGAGAUCGGGUCUAGUGAAUGAUUAAAACAAGGUGAGCUAAUACCAAAUAGUUAAGAUGAAGGAUAAGGAAGAGAAGAAGAAAUGUAUAAAUUUAUAAAAUAUUAUUAAUACUGUAUUUAAAAUAUAUACUUAAGUAUCAAAAUACCUAGGUACCUAGGUACCUUAUUAUUAUUAUUUUUAUUUGUAUUUAAAUAAAUAACUAAAAUUUAAUAAUUAAUACCCAUUGUAAAAUAAAUUAAUGUAGUGUGGUUUUAAAAAUACCAAGUGAUCAAAUUAAUUUAAAUUCCAAUUAUUAUUAUUAUUAAUCAAACAUAAUAUCUUUUAUGACAAUAAUAUACAUUAUUGUUUGUAAUUUAGUACAUAUUAAUUGGUACUUUAUAUACUUAAUUAGUUUAUUUAAACGAAUAAACUGUAGUUCAUAGUAAACCAAACAUUCAGCACACUCGAAUGUUUUGUUUUUUAUAUAACAUUGUAGAACAAAACAAAUUUAUAUUAUAAAACUAAAUACAUAAAUUCUUAAUACUUGUCAUGAUAGCACAAUCUGACUUGAUAGUCUGAAAACAUUUUUAAAGAAUGAUGUUGUUAUCUUUUACUCUUCUGUGAAUAUAAUUCUUUAUUUUUAAAUCUGAGAUUUAAUCCUCCUUGAAAAUUAUCUUUUCACUGUUUAUAUAUUAUUAAACGUGAUACAAUAUUAUAGAUAUUAAAUAUAAAUAGGCCAUUAGUAGAGUUUUUGUGGUCUUAUGUAUUGGACUACAUUGUAAUAAAGCCAAUGUUAAAAAGGUCUGCAUCACCUCAUCUAUCUUGUGAUAGCCAUACUCCUAAUUAUAAUACCUUUAAUAUCUAUAUAUAAGAUUGUAUAACAAUUUACAAGGUUCACUUGUAUUAAUAAUACUAAUUAUUAUAACAUAAAAUUAAAUUCAUGUUUUUAUUUUAUAUUUUUCAGGUGAAAUCAAGUCUAGUAUUUUGCCGGGUCUCGCGUAUUCAGAUAGUUCUGAUAGUGGAAAUGAGUAAUAAUGCCAUUUCACUCAGUUCCCUAGCAUAUAAUAAUAGCUAUAUAUAUAUAACAUAUUUAUAUUAUUAUAUAAUAAUAUAAUAUGCUAAUAAUGUAAGUAAAAAUUACUACCUAAAUAUAAUUUUUAAUUUCUAUUCAAGUUUUUAUAUAUUUAUUCUUGAUGAAUAUGCGAAGUCUUCAAAUUAAACUAUUAUUGUUAAGCAUUUACACAUCACCACAACAUCACAUGUAUUGAUACACAAUACAUUUAAAUUUUGCUAUAUUUUUUUCUUUAAAUUACUUAUGUAAAAUUGUAAUUUUUGUUAUUAUUUGUUGUUAAUUUCAUAUACCAU